ACUUGUACAAGGUGACACCCUCUUUCACACCACCCAUCUCCUCCCUGUGUGACUCAGCCACUGAGGGAGAAGCCUCUGAUCUGUUCUUUAACACAGGCAGGUGGAGGUGGAAACUGCACUCAGUAAACUCCAGGUACCCAUUAGUUUCAGCUGGAUCCACCUGGGGAAUCACUGCAGGCUGUUUAGACAAGAAGUCCCGGUUUAUCUGCUCAAGAAAGAUCCUUACUGGAAGGCAGCAUGUCCGAUCUUACCUUGAGAAAAACAUCUCCCACAGGAAAUGAUAUGAAGAGUACCGCUCAGGGGACUACACUGAAGCAACAGGGUUUUCACGAGGUGAACAAAAGAAGGACUUUCUUACAGGAUAACAGCUGGAUAAAGGAACGUCCUGAAGAAGAAAAAGAUGAAAAUUAUGCUAGGGUGGUACUUCAUAGACGUAACUCCCAUGAUGCCUCGGACAGGAAAACAAAUGAGAGGGAUGAGCCAAAAGCCACAAUCAGUUGGUACAGAUCUGUUGGCACUUUGGACAGGACCUCAGACAGAAAUGAUGCUGCUAAAACAUAUAAGGCCAAUACCCUGGAUAACCGACUAACCAAUAGAAACAUGUCCACGUUUCGGUCACCAGAAGAGACAAAGAUGCAACCUGGAGGUCUGUUCAGUGCAAAUGCCACCAACACCCCAGCUUCCAACUCUGCUACUACUCCUGUAAAGAAAAAGAGGCAGUCCUGGUUUCCACCGCCCCCUCCAGGUUAUAAGGCCGCCCCAAGCACAGGAGCGAGGGGAAGGGAACCAACUGUUCACCCUCCAAUACCUCCAAAGCCCAGUUCUUCUGUUUCAUCUCCUAACCAGCUGAGGCAGGAUAACAGGCAGAUAUGUCCACCUAAACCAAGUGCAUAUACAGAAACCAACAGAUCUGCUGAAAGAAAUAUAAGGAGUCAGGAUCUUGAAAACAUCAUCAAAGUGGACACUUCAUUUCAGAAAGCUGACAAGGGACCCAAAAGCCUUGAAAAUCUCAUCGUUGUGAAUACCCGGACAGACAAAGAUGGCAAAGGAAUCCAAGAUCUCAAAAUGGUUAUCAAAGCAAAUGCUAGGACAGAUCAGACUAGCAGAGGAGGUGAAGACCUUGAUAAUGUUAUCAAAGUGAAUCCCAAAGAAAGUGAAAACACCACUGGGAAACAAGACCUCGAUGGGCUUAUUAAAGUGAAUCCUGAAACAAAUAAAAAUAUCAAGAGGGACCAGAGCCUUGACUAUCUCAUCAAAGUGACCCCUGAAGUAAACAGAAGUAACCCAGGGGGCCAAAGUCUUGACAAUCUCAUCGAAGUGGCUCCAGAAACAAACAGAACUAACCAAGGGAACCAAGAUCUGAACAAUCUUAUCAAAGUGACUCCCUCAGCAAAUAAAAGCAGUGAACAAGAUCUUGAUGAACUUAUUAACGUAAGCCCCAAAGCUGUCAAAAACACAGCCGGAAAUCAAGAUCUUGAUAAACUCAUCAAAGUGAAUCCUGAAACUCUCUCCAACAACCAAAGAAACCGGGAUCUCAAUAACCUCAUCAAAGUGAAUCCUGAAGUAAUCAGAAGCAAUCAAAGAGACCAGGACCUAGAAAAUUUAAUUGAAGUAAAUUCCAAUAUGUCUAAGAGUAAAAAUGAAAGGCAAGAUGGCCAAGUUAGUGGGUCUACUGAGGCUUUAAUCAGCCCAUCUUCUAGAACCACUGCCUACUCUUAUGAAGCACGGAAGGCGCUCAGCUCCAAUGCUGAAACCAGGCAUGCAGGACCAAAGGAUACUGUUGUGUACACAAGGACGUAUGUGGAGAAUAGUAAAUCACCAAAGGAUAGAUAUCAGGAGGGUAUCUCUGGAAAAUACAUACAAACCGUUUAUUCGACUUCAGAUAGGUCUGUCAUUGAAAUGGAUAUGUGCACUUACUGUCGAAAACCCUUGGGCACAGAAGCUAAGAUGAUUUUAAAUGAAUUACAAAUUUGCUGCCAUUCCACUUGCUUCAAGUGUGAAAUAUGCAAACAACCUUUGGAAAACCUACAAGCAGGUGACAGUAUUUGGAUUUAUAGACAGACAAUACAUUGUGAACAUUGCUACUCUCAAGUUGUAGCAAAGUGGAUUCAGUAAUUCUGGCACAUGAAAAUCAAGAUGAAAGCAUUCACUAAGGAAUUAAAAUUUUUAUUGUAAGAACAUAUAAUCUAGAAAAGCUUUUACACCAAAGAUUGACUCUGGUAUAGAAUUAACAACUCUGCUAUUGCAUAAAUAAUCUAAUUGCCUCCACUAAGGUCACAUACAUAAAGGGAACCAUCUGGUAUCUGGUUAGAUUUAGAGAGCAAAAAUUCAAGUGGUUCUAGUUCCCAGCGUCAAAGGAAGGAUGCUUCUGAUGGCAGUGAGCAUUGUCAGCCUUGACCAGGUCCAUCUCUGCUCAGUAUUAGGCUGUGUGUCACGGUUUCCAUUAUAGACAAAUUUACCAUUUUCUCACCUUUGUUUCCCUAAGAAUUUGGAUUUACAGACGUUAUUGAAAUCUUGACAAAACUGUCAUGGGAGCAAGAUAUGUUUCCUUUAUGUGCAAAAGUAAUGUUGAUAGAAAUUUUGGCAGAAAGAUAAAGUAUGGCAGAAAGAUGUUAACUUAUAAAGUUGUAUGGACCUCAGAAAAUCACUUAAACUUUUCAGAUUUCUGUGCUAUUAUCUGUAACAUGAGGGGCAAUGGACAAAAUGAUUUCUAAGGUCACUUUCUGCUCCAAAAUUAUCAGAUUCAAAAGCAAGUUUUUGUUUGCUCUUUAGAAGCAUACCUGAAUCUGUGUUUGUUAGGCAUGUUGAACUAGAUAGGAUAUCUAAACAAUCUAACCUUGGUAUCAUCCUUCAGUUUAUCACAGAUAUAAGUUUUGUAGAAUGUGUUUUAAAAACAGAAAGACCUGCAUUUAUGGGUAAUGGGUUAAAUCAUAUGACAUGUAGUGUUUACAUAAUUUGUCAAGUUUUCCUUGCAUGCAUUUCAAAAUCUGGUUUCAUAAAUGAUCUAUGAGAAAUAAUGAAAGUUAUGGACUACAAAGACAUGUUCUUUAGCAUGCUAUAUCUAUUCCUAUUACAUAGCACUUUAUAUUUACAGAUGGCUUAUAAAAAUAAAUGAACUGUCAGUUAUACAGAAUCUUCUUAUACAGUGUCUAUAAGUAUUACUCACUGACAUUGAUAUGUCAAUUAUAGUGAUCAUAAUUUAUUAUAUUCUGUGCCAUGCUGCCUAAAUUAAUUUUUUAACUGCUCAAUCUAUAACUUUGAUUUUUAAAGAGCUUUUUCUUAAGGAAUUGAAAAUUCAAUAAUCUUGUGAGGAACUAUUAUUAUUAUUAAAAUUGAGACAUUGCACUUAUAAACUACUUUAUAUGCACAUAGCAAUUGCUUCUCAGAGGAAAGCAUAUGGAACAUUGAGAGAAGGUGGAAUUCUAAGGGAGUUUAAGGCAGUUGUAAAAAACUGACAAACUAGGGAGAUUAAAAGAUAAUCAUGUAUUUUCUAAAUGUUGAUAAAUGUAAAGAGUUAUUCUUCUGUAUAAUGAUUUCAAGCAUCUGUUCCUCUUAGACACUGGUCCACAAAGUGUUAAACACUAAUGCUUAUUAAAAUACAGAAAUGUGUAAUCAUUGUCCUAUGGAGAGGGAGCCAGAAAAAACAAUUAAUAAUAAUUGAUAUUCAUUAAUUCAUGCUUGAUGAGAAGCGGUGGUAAUUGAGCCAUAUGUUUUAUUGUUCUCUUAUUACAUGCUAUCAGAGUGGAUCAAAAGAAAUAAUUUUCUUAGAGUUGGAAUUUGUGGCAGGCAAGGACGAAUGAAAUAGUAUCCCUCUCUUUCAUAUGGUGUAUUAACAUCUCAAUGCCUUUGUGGUAAUUAAAAAUCAUUUGACUAUCAUUUUUAAAGGAUUCUACUGUUGAAUGCUUAAUUUUAAAAAA